ACAGGGGCGCAGUCUGUGUUGGGACAGAGAAAAGUGUUUGAGACAAAGAUAACGGGUGGGAACCAGAAGCAUGAACUGGUGAGAAGGUUUGAAGUACUCAGAUUUGCUCCACGAUGCUGCUGUCCUGUUGUUUUGCGAGCUCCGAGUCUGUGUGGAGCCUCUGGAGUGGGCACAACUGGUGUCCUCUCAUAUUCACAGCAGCCACCAGUUGGGUUUGAGCAGCAGGUGAACGUUUGAGACAAUAUUCCCACUUCUUCUUCCUCUUUCUCUGGGCUACACUUUUAGCAGAGGAGCAGCAGAAAGACUGUGGACGCACAUAAGUAUGACCAAAGGAUCCGCGCCCUGACGCGCGCCGGUGAGUGCAUGUUGGACCGGUGAGAGUGAGGACUAGUAUGAAACGCCAUGGCUUGGUGUGACCGCGGGGUUCAAACGCUGCUGGCCACCGUGGGGGCUUUCGCUGCCUUCAGCCUAAUGACUAUUGCCAUCGGCACGGACUACUGGCUCUAUUCGCGGGCGUACAUCUGCAACACCACCAAUGCCACCACAGACGAGACGCAAUCGCAGCCCAAAACCAAAAAGGGCGACCUCACCCACUCCGGGCUAUGGAGAAUCUGCUGUAUUGAAGGCAUCAAUCAAGGCAGCUGUUACAGGAUCAACCAUUUCCCCGACGACAACGACUACGACACUGAUAGCUCUGAAUACCUGCUGCGUAUAGUUCGUGCCUCCAGCGUGUUCCCCAUCCUCAGUACCUGCCUGUUGAUGCUCGGAGGGAUGUGUGUCGGGGUGGGCCGAGUCUACAACAAGACGAACAACGUCCUCCUCAGCGCAGGCAUUCUCUUUGUAGCUGCAGGUCUGAGCAACAUAAUUGGCAUCAUCGUCUACAUCUCCAGCAAUGCCGGAGACCCCAAUGAUAAACGUGAUGAUGACAAGAAGUACACUUACUCCUACGGUUGGUCCUUCUACUUUGGCGCCCUCUCCUUCAUCGUGGCCGAAACUGUGGCGGUCCUUGCUAUCAACAUCUACAUUGAGAGAAACAAGGAGGUUCGCUGGAGGGCACGGCGUGAAUUCAUCCGCACGCUCUCUUCCUCUUCCCCAUACUCGAGGAUACCGAGCUUCCGCUACCGUAGGCGGACAUCGCGUGCCAGCUCUCAUUCUACGGAGGCAUCGCAGGAGAACUCGCCAGUGGUGGGUCUGAAGAGGGCGCCAUCUUCCAGUGGGCCCCUGGACGAGCUGUCCAUGUACGCCCUGGCGAGGGACAGUGUGACGGAAAACACGUACAGCCCUGAACACGAGGCCGCUGCCGAUUUCCUCCAGGUUCAUAACUGUUUCCCCAAUGAUUUAAAGGACGGAGUGAAUCGCAGGACCACACCAGUGUGAGAGGCACAUUACUGGGCCCGCGGUUCACCUGGAAGUGGAUGAACAGGACACAAUCUGUUAGAGCCAGAGAAGAGAGGACAAUCAGCUGGACAGAAGAUGAGCCAAUUAACAGAACCUGAGUCAUUUAUCUGCUUUUAGGGAUCAUCACAGCAGAGUUACAUUGUCUGUGCUGUGCCCGAUGCGAAAUUUUGUUUUCCUUCAGCUGUCGAAAUGCUUAUUUAUAUGAGCAGUUUGUGGAUCACAGCCCUUCUUUGUGUAAUGGUGACUGAACAUUGUGGGUAAACUUGAGAGUGAAGUGUUGAGAGGUGCCAAUCAGCAGUAUUCUACCUGUAAAUUAUUUAACAAGGUGCUAAAUGAAAUGUACCCUUCAACUUGAAAGUGUUCCAUUUGUGUGUGCAAUUGCUAUAAAGUGUCGACCUCUCGCCAAAGUUUGGAUUGUGUCCUCAUAACCAGUUUGUUCUUGCCUUAUACUCUAAUCAUAGGUUCUCUCAGUACUGUCAUUUUAAAUAAUGUACGGCCUUUUAAACAAACUCAAAUUAUAAAUAUUUUUAACACGUCUUUUUUUAUGGGAGUAUUGCGCGGGAGUCAGUGUGUUUACAAAUGAUUGACUUGCUGAGUUGUAUUGAAUGUUUAGUAUUUUAGCUUAGUGUACAAGUCGACCAUCCAGUCCUACUGAUGAUAUGAAAGGUUUUGUCUCCCUCGCUGCCUCGUCCUUAAUCCUAUUCUUGUCUGACAUUUGUCAGAGGAACAAAAUGUCCCCUUUUGUCAGUGAAACACCUUGGCCCCUUUUUAUUCACUUCAUAUCAGUCCGCCAUCCUUCCAUCACACCCCCUGAUGGAUGUGACAUUGUGUCACAGCAGAACAGCAGCUGACAAAAAGGGGGGUGCCCAGAACUGUGAAAAUGGCGCAGGUCAGGACUUCCUUUUGCUCAAAAUGAAGCCUGGCAUAUCCAGAGUGUUUAAUGGAUCUGAGCCAGGCGGAGAAUGUUUGUCCGUCUGUCACAUUGCCUGUGAGUGCAUCUGGUUGCCUUUUCCAGCCUCUCAUGUCAAACAGAGGACCCAGACAGAAGCAGAGGGAGCUGUCUGUAACUGCGUCCCUGAAGGAUUUGUCUCCAGCAACCAGACGUGUGUGUGUGUGUGUGUGUGUGUAUGUGUGUUGUCGUCCAUCACUGCUCUUUUGUUUGGCUCUCUCAGGAAAUAUUGUAUUCUUGUGGCAGGUUGAACACUUUGAGGUCCUCUCCCUACUUCAUGGCAGUGCUGGGAAAUGGACCAGUGAUAAAGAUAAACCUGGUGAAAAUGAGUUGAGAAAAAAAAAAUGCCAUUUCUGUAUUUAGUAAAUGCUGUGAGUGAUUGUUUGAACUUGCUCCAAGAACCAGCUGGGGUGAUUUUUUUCAGUCUUAGGGCUAUUCAGAUGGUUCGGGUUUGGCGAGCUCACUCACUCAACCACAGAAUAGUAUUUGAUUGUAUUUAGUGUGUUUGAUAUUCCAUUAGAGACACCACUUAAUAUGUGAGGCUGAGCAGAUGUAAAAGAAAGCCGUCAGUAUGAUCCAUCCAGACUCUAGAUCUUUUAUAUUACAGUUUGGGGAAAAUAUCAAAAUGUGUUUGUUUGUAAUGUAAAGCUGUAAAGUUGUAUAUAAAAGUACAAUAAAAAAUACAAAAAAGAAAAAAAAACAAUGUGAAUGUGCAAAGACAUGAGCAGAGGAUUCAAACCAUUAUUUUACUGAACAAUGUCUCAAUAAUAAUGCCUUGAUGCGAUAUGGCAUUGGUCAUGCUAUUCAACUUACCAUUCUGUAUUCAGGUAAGCACUCACUGGUUUUGCUGUUAUCAGUCAAACUAGUUAAAUAUUCUGUUUUGUAAGGUGAAGUACAAUAAAUACAUUUAGCAGACAAAACUAGAUUUCCUAUUUCAUGCGUAUGCAGCAGCUUUACUUCACUAUAUGCUGUAAUAUUCAUUUUUGGCUUACUAUUGUUGUAAAAUAACCUCAAUAAGCACAAGACAAUAACGGUGGACGUUACGGAUGUUUAGAAGGGAGGCGCUAAUUGGUUGCAUAAUAGAAAAAACACGGGGAAAGAAACUGUAAAUGUGCUGUAUACUGUAUUUCCUGCUUUUAGUGUUCCAAUCAAACAAGCAUUUUUAUUUCAUCUGAACCUAAAUUGUUUUUCUCAUCAUCGCUUUCCAGUUACAACCCAACACGUACUGUACAUAGACAAAUAAACUAAAUCAGGGUUAUAUU